AUGUCGGUGAAUAUGGAGGAACUGCGGCACCAGGUGAUGAUUAAUCAGUUCGUGCUGGCGGCGGGCUGUGCGGCGGACCAGGCCAAGCAGCUCCUGCAGGCGGCACACUGGCAGUUCGAGACUGCUCUCAGCACAUUUUUCCAAGAAUCUAAUAUCCCUAGUGCUCAACAUCAUCCACACAUGAUGUGUACACCAAGCAACACACCAGCCACUCCGCCCAACUUCCCUGAUGCUUUAGCCAUGUUUUCAAAGCUGCGUACCUCUGAGAGCUUACAGAACAGCAGCAGUCCAGCCACCUCAAAUGCCUGCUCCCCUCCAGGCAACUUCAGCCCACACUGGGCCUCCUCUCCACCAAACCAACAACCUGUUUGGCUUCCCCCAGCCUCUCCCACCACACAUCUCCAUCACCACCACCAUCAUGCACAGCCUGCAUGGCCCCCUACCUCCCAGCCUUCAGGGGGCCCACAGAAAGCCAUGACGGCCAUGGAUGCACAAAGAUAA